GCCAACCUCCAGCCCUAAACACCGGGGCGGCAGGACGGCGAGGAUGUCGGCUUCGUUAGUCCGGGCCACUGUCCGGGCUGUGAGCAAGAGGAAGCUGCAGCCCACCCGGGCCGCCCUCACCCUGCAAAAAAUGAAAAUUGCCUGGGGAAUGACUAAGGAAAUACAGUAUUGAGGAUGGAAAGUUUCUGCUACAAGGAAUAGAAACCCUAUGGCAUUGGAUAAAGUAAAAACACCUUCAGCAGUAAACAAGAUAAAACAACUUCUUAAAGAUAAGCCUGAACAUGUUGGUGUGAAAGUCGGUGUCCGAACCAGGGGGUGUAAUGGCCUUUCCUACACUUUAGAAUAUACAAAGACAAAAGGAGACUCUGAUGAAGAAGUUAUUCAAGAUGGAGUUAGAGUGUUCAUCGAGAAGAAAGCGCAGCUAACACUGUUAGGAACAGAAAUGGACUUUGUUGAAGACAAAUUAUCCAGUGAGUUUGUGUUCAAUAACCCAAACAUCAAAGGAACAUGUGGCUGUGGAGAAAGCUUUAACAUUUGACUCCUCAGGACUGCUCGGGCCCCAGGAGAGCUGUGGAAGCUCUGGGGCUUAUUGAAGAAACCAUGUGACUGUCACGUGCUUAAGGUGUGUAAUGCAUGGCUGCCUUCCAAGGAAAAUAAAGUGAUGCAUUUGAAAAUAAAGCCAGUGUGUUAGAUUCCAGAAGAAUUGAUACUUUUGUUCUUUAUACGGGACAGAAAAUGAGAAUCCAUUGCUCUCUUUGGGUCAUCUUUCUGAUCUGUAAAGAAAAAGUUAAAUUCUCCUUCCUGCAUCCUUUCUGUUAGAACUGGUCCCAUGGAAGUGGCCUUCCUGGGAGGAUUUCAAAAAAACGUAUUCAUAACAGCUGUGCUUUGGUAGAUCUUUCACUUCCCACCAAGACUGAUGACUGGAAAUUCAGAGGCAAGAAGUCUAACCUGCUGGCGUCCUGUGAUGGUGCACUGUUUUCCUACCCAGACUUGGUAUCGUGUCCCUACAUUUUUUAUCCACAAUUUCAGUGUCAGAUGCCUCAUUUGCUUAUCACCCUGUAGCAUCCCCAGCCAUUAGAUUAAAAUUACUGGACAAAACUUUUCUUGAACUAUAGUGCCGAACAGUUCCCAGUGAUAAGAUCAGAAGGUGAAUACUUCACCCACCUGUUUUUAAGUCCAUUUCUUUUGCCACUCUUAAGUGUCUGCCCAGAGGUGAGACCUCAAGCUGACUUAGGUCCUUUCUCUUGAAGUCUCUUUAAGGGACUUCCCUGGUGGUCCAGUGGUUAAGAUUCCCCACUUCACUGCAAGGGUCACGGGUUCCAUCCCUGAUCAGGGAAACAAGAUCCCAAAAUGCUGCGUGGCAAGGCCAAAAAAAAAUAGCAGGAAGUUCUCUGAAAAGCCAUCUAACCCACUCACUCAAUUGUUUACCUGGGGAAUAAAACCCCAGGGAUGCUGAUGGGCUUUGUCCCCCGACACUGCAGGCCGGACUGGGGCAGAGCGGGGACCACCCACAUCUCUCUUGGAGGUGCCACACCAGCUCUGUGCUCUGAGGCAGUCAGUGGAGGUAAAUGGGUGAUCUAGCUUCUUUAUCUGGUCAGCAUUUUGAUUAGAUUUCCUUGUAAUUUGGAGAGCAUAUUUAGCUUUAUUUUAUUUGGGGUGAGAAGAGUCUUAUUUUAAAACCCAUUUGUGUGAAUUACCAUCUUAUUUCGCUAGGACUUGGAACAGCAGUUCACACUAGCAGGGAAGAGACCACCGUAGCAACCCAGAAUUGUUCUUUUGGAAUGUGGUAGUGAUUUUGAAGCAGAACACGGGGAUCUUUUCUUGUAAUUCCCAGUAUGUGUACACUUUCUGGACCCUAAGUCCAGUUGCUAAAAGUUUAAGCCUAAUAUUUUAACCUAACAUUUUUAUCACCACCCUUUCUUAAACAGUGUUCCUUUUGUCCUUUAGUUAUCGAUUUUCCUGGAUUUGACUUAUUAAGUGUUCCAUGAGAUGACAUAUUUGCCGCUUUUGAAAGCCUGUUCUUAUGAAUUGAAGUAGCUGAGUUCCUUUAUGUUUGUCAUAUUUACUAAGGUACCUGGCACAAAAUGCACCAAAACCUAGAGCAGCAGCUUUAUGUAAAUGCUUAUGAAUUUAUAUUGUUACUAUAAUUGUCAACCCACUUAUAAUUUAUGCAAUACUGUAUAUAUGUAGAGAUUGAAUUGCCAA